UCCGCACCCCGGGCUGGCUGGGAGGCCGCCGGCGCGACUCCGGGCCCGUCCAGUGCCCACGGGCCGGCGGGCGGGACUGGGGCCCUCUCCCUCCCCGUGGAGUGACCCGUGGGCCGGAGGGCCGGGCCGGGGCCUUCUCCCUCCCCGGAAGUGACCGGGGCGCUGGAGGGCCCGGACUAGGCGCCUUCUCUCGCACUCCCACUCCCCAGAGCUAGAGCAUUCGGCCCUUUUAUUCCUGUUUUCUCCUCUGGAUCCCGGGUCAGCACAUCUGGAUGGCUUUGUGCUGAGAGCAGUAAAAUACAGUGCAGUGACUGACAAAAUAAUGUGAAACUUUUGAAUUAGGAAAUCUGACCUUUAGUUCCACGGAUGCGUCCUUAAUUUAGGGCGGGUUGUUUUCAUCUAUCAGAAGCUCCUCGCCUUCACCUGUCAGAGGGGGUUUGUGACCGCGUCUGCUGCUCACUUAUUUGUGAGGCGUUGACAUAGUUUAAAUCUCUGUCGAGAUGUGUUCUUUUAAGAAACAUACCCUAUUUCUUCCUGGUGGAAUAUUAUCAAAUAUUGAUGAAUAAAAUAAAGCAGACGUGAUUCAUCUCUAGAAAGAUUAUUUAUACCCUGGCAUUUGAAAUGUUUUGUAUUUAGAAUCAUAGUAAAAAUGGAAGGAGGGAAAGUAAGUGAUAAUGGAAAACCAGACCCAGACAAUUCUGUGGACUUUUCUGAACACUUUAACCAACUUGAAUUGUUGGAAACACAUGGACACCUUAUUCCCACUGGUACCCAAAGUCUCUGGGUAGGGAAUUCUGAUGAAGAUGAGGAGCAAGAUGAAAAAACUGAAGAGUGGUAUCAAUUACAAGAAAAAAAGAUGGAAAAAGAUCCAAGCAAAUUGCUUCUUUGGGCUGCUGAAAAAAAUCGGCUUACUACAGUGCGGAGGCUACUGUCUGAAAAGGCUACUCAUGUGAACACUAGAGAUGAAGAUGAGUAUACCCCCCUUCAUCGAGCAGCCUACAGUGGACACUUAGAUGUGGUGCGUGAGCUGAUUGCACAAGGAGCAGAUGUCCACGCAGUGACAGUGGAUGGCUGGACACCCCUGCACAGUGCUUGUAAGUGGAAUAAUACCAGAGUAGCUUCUUUCUUACUUCAGCACGAUGCAGAUAUUAACGCCCAAACAAAAGGCCUCUUGACCCCCUUACAUCUCGCUGCUGGGAACAGGGACAGCAAAGACACUCUGGAACUCCUCCUGAUGAACCGCUAUAUCAAACCGGGUCUGAAAAACAACCUGGAAGAAACUGCAUUUGAUAUUGCCAGGCGGACAAGCAUCUAUCACUACCUCUUUGAAAUCGUGGAAGGCUGCACAAAUUCCUCACCUCAGCCAUAACCAUAAGGGUUCUAGUAAUUUUCUUGUUUCCAAGUACCAGUGCCUCCUUUGUGUAAGAUAGGAAAUAUCCCCAUGAUACAAGGUUGCCAUCAAAAGUUUUACUGUAGAAAUUCAAUAGUACAUAAUCUAAAGCCCUUCCAAGCGAAUCGCCUAACCUUGAUGUCAAAAUGUAUUUGAAAGUUGUUUGGAUAUAUCUUUACCUAUCUAUGUGGACUUUGUAAUUUUUAUCAGACAUAAUUUUAAUGCAAACACUUGUAACGGGUUGUAUAGAAAACUAAUGAUAUUUUUGGUGCUGAUCCAAGAGAAGUGUAUUUUUAAAUAUCCCCCAUCCUGGAUCUUUGUGGAGUAUUUAGUAUAUUGACACGUAUUUUUAUAAGGUGAGGUAACUCAGAACUUAAUUUAAAAAUCUCAAGUAUAUUGGUGCAGUUCAGCUGUCUUCUCUACAUCACCAUAGCCAUUUGCUUUCAUUUCCAACCAUAAGAACUAAUUUAUUAGUGACUUGAAUCAUCAGAAGUUUAAAAAAAAAAGUUAAAAAAAAAAAAAGCUUAGAUCUUUGUCUUUUACAGCAUAGACAAUUUUCAGGAAAGUAGUUAGCUAAAGUGUUUAGUCAGUGAAUGUUAUAUACUGCCUUUGCUACCACAGUUCACACAAUCCUGUGGACAGUCCUACCUCACCCUGGUCAACCUACAUGAUCCUUCUUCCAUUGGUGAGUCAGCAUGGCCUUUUAGACAUGCACACAACUCUACCUUGGUCCAAGAGAUCAUACUGUAUCUGCUCUCCAACUGGUUUUUCCUGCCUAAUCGUGUUGUUUGGGGCACUGCUCAGAUGGUCUCUCUAGUUCACAGGAAGUAUUUAUUUUCCAAGGUCCUCCUUUUAUACAAAUCAUACUAAGUCAAAGAGACAAGAGAAAAGGAAUUCUAAAAGUGAAGAGAUGUUGAUUAUGUUGGGGCUAGAACCACAAAGUGGCUCAGGCUUUCAAAAGCCACAGUGUGGAUAGUGACAAAGCAUAAAUAUUAAAUAUCCAGAAAAAAAUAAAAGUCUUGAACAACAAAAA